AACAGUACAAAGCUUUCACUUGUUUGAUCAAACUGGUCCUCACAUAGUGCUGACACUAGUGUCUAGCAGGAAGGUAGAUGAAACAAGUAAGAAACAUACUGUAAACGUUCCUAAUACCAGAAAUUUUGGGAGGCUCCUUUGAAAACAACUUCUGUCAGAAGAAUGGCAUCGUCUUCCCUACAGAUUUGUGCAUUGCUGCUGGCUUUAGCAGGAUUUACCAUUUUACUUGUUACUACCAUGUCCAACAGAUGGAAAAUUUCAGACUCUGCAACAGUGCUAGUUACUGCAGACUGGAUUUCUGAAGGUCUUUGGAUGGACUGUGCAGUGACUGCUUUUGGAUCAAUAGAGUGCAAAAAAUUUCCCUACAUGUUGAGUUCAGAGACUCAUAUUCAGGCAUGCCGUGCCUUGAUGAUUACUUCCAUCCUUUUGGGAUUCAUAGCUACAGUACUCUCGCUGCUUGGUUUGAAGUGCACAAACGUUGGGUUGAGCGAUGAAGAUGGAAAAAUGAAGUUUGCUGUCACGGGAGGAUUUCUCUUUAUUUUAGGAGGUCUCUGCUCCAUGGUGGCUAUUUCUUGGUAUGCUGCGAUGGUUACCGCUCAGUUUUUUGACCCAUUGUAUGCUGGAACCAAGUAUGAAUUAGGAGAUGCUCUGUACUUAGGCUGGGCUGGAUCUGUUCUUUAUAUGCUUGGUGGGAUCUUACUGACUUGUUCUUGCAAAGGGAAGAAAAAACAGGAUUACAGUCGCAACAAAUACACAUAUACAGCAGGCCAGGCACCUCAUCAGCAGCGCAUUUACACCAGCAACUCUGAGACAGUCAUAAGCAACAAGGAGUAUGUCUAAACUUGCUUGCACGUCGCUUGUAAUGUUAGCAGGUUGUGAACUCGAAUAAAGAAGUGAACUACUUCCAGGGUUCCAGUUCCAAGUUGCAAUCUUUCAUCUUAAUUUGGAGCAGUACAAGGAGGAGUAUAGUUUUCAGUGUAAAUAAGAAUGGUUUUCCAGGAAUGGUUUUCAACAAAAAAUGCUGUGAUGUGAAAUCCUGAGGCAUGAAGGUUUGCUGCGCGUUGAGAAGUCUGGUAAAAUUUAACCACAGAGUGCGGUGUAUCCUGGCAAUCAAAAGCAACUGUUUUAUUUCAGCUGACUCAGAAAUGCGGAACUGUUAUGCUGUAGCUGACUGCAAGUUAAUAUGCCUCACCGAUAGAAAUGUAUUGUGUUUGCAUUACUGUUCAGCUUCCUACUUUUAUGUAGCAGCUUUUGCUUCUGGCAGGAAAUAAACUUUAUUCCACAGACUAA